AUGCACCAACUGAAGCUAGGCGUUGACGACGGCUACACCAUGCAUUUCCUCCCCGCCAGCAAACCCCUUCGUUCAACAUACUGCGCAUUAUGUGGCGUUGACCUCCGAGGGCGGUUCCACGAGGACCGAUACGGUGGUGGCAAUGAGCAACGAUACCGAAAUGUUCGGCCGGUUGAUACGAAAUGGUUGAGUGAUGUGAGAGCACUAAGAGGCUGGCAGCCGGCGGACCGGGAAAAUUGGCGAGUUGAGAGGUCGGAUGUUGGCUCGUAUGACGCAAUACAGUAUUUCGGCUCCGAUGUGAUUAUUAUCGGGCCGCGGGUGGUUCCUGUGAAUACUACGUCAACGGUCCCGGUGCACAACGCAUGCUCGGAGAUUUUGCUGGCCCAUACGACAGAGGAAGACAUUGGCAACGUGUGGCAAUCGAUUCAGGCGCGCCGCGGACUAGACAGACGGCGUGUUAAUGAUUGUGGCUUGGCUACUUCCAGGCAGGGUGUCUGGUGGGAGGAGAUUGAGGGUGAGGAGUACAUGGUAACGGACCCGCUGAAACCACUGUCUUUCCCCAUCGACUUGGCAUCAGCACCCGAUAACGAGCGAUUGUCGACCCAUGUGGUCCAAGAAUCUUAUGACUUCUUUUCUCGGCUUCCGAGCGAACUGGUCUUCUACAUACUAUCCUUCCUGAUCCCUUAUCCGUCCACGCUACUUUCACUACGCCACGCGGCUCCCCGAGUGUUUCGAGCAUCGCCCUGGGCAGGGAACCACUUUUGGUCUCAGGUCACUAUCGCUGAAAUGGGCGGUUUCUUGCUCGAGGUUCGAGAAAUGUUGGCAAAACUGGACAACUUGGAAGAAGGCAGCGGGUUCGCUAUUUGGAGAAAGUUGACGGAAGAUCGAAGUGUCAAGAACAGGCGACGAAUCGCAAGACUUGUCAUAAGCGCCGCAGCGUACAAGUGA